AUGGCAACGGAGGAUCAAGGGGUUGCAACUAGAAAGACUGACUAUACAGCGUUGGGAAAAGCGCUGUACUACCUUAUCUCUUUCAUCGAAGGCUACGACCAACAGGUGCUGUCCAUGUGUAUGAGGGCUUUCGAGUUGACUUUGGGUUUUUCCCAGUCGCAGUUGUCGACUUUGGCAACAGUGUCUACUAUGUCCCGCAUGGGUUGCUGCUUAAUCUGGGGAUUGCUGGCAGAUCUGUAUAAAUCGAAACACGUGCUGGGAGCUGGUUUGUUAGUGAUGGGUGUCGCCUCUAUUUUCCUAAGUUCCGCGUCGCACUACAAAGUGAUUGUGUUCUUGCGUUUCUUACACGGAUUCGGAUUCGCUUGCGUCUAUCCCGUACAACAGAAGAUUGUUGCAGAUUCAACUAGUUCAGAUGAUGAAAAGAAACCACAGGGCAGCACGGGAGCAGCGGGCCCAACAGGAUUAGUGGGACAAACGGGUUCAGCUGAGUCAAAGGCGGCUAGUAAGAUAUUCACCGGCCUACAAGCGUUGAAUUGCAUUGGACGAUUGUUAUGCGCCGUCAUAACUACGCUUAUUGCACGCAAAGUAUUAUUGGGAUAUUAUGGCUGGCGUACUUCUUACGUGGUGUUGGGAUACUUAUGGAUAUUCUUUGCCAUAGCUAUUGUAUUUGGAAUGAACAAGAAUGGUGAUGACGUUCCUAAAUCUCAACAAUUCCAAAAACUUAUAUCAGACGCAUUUUCAGAAGCUUUUACAAAGCCCACAACAUGGCUAUUAAUAUUGACAAUAUUCAUCGCAGAAGCUCCUAUGUGCGCGUUUAAUUAUAUGACAAUCUAUCUGCAAUACUUGGGAGUAUCUGACACAAUGGCAGGUGUUGCUAUUGCCGUUACAUUGAUCGGUGGCGCAGCUGGAAGUGUGGCUGGGGGAGAAUGCAUAAAGAAAAUUGUGGCUUUGUCGGAGGAUUACGGUGAACUUGCUUCUGGAAUCGCAGUGAUGGUUGUACGACUACUUGUAUGUUUAUUAUUCUUCUUAGGGAAGGCACCGUCUGGAAAGUUGCUUUGGUAUCAUUAUGUAGAGCUGGCAACGCUAGGAGGAACAUUAGUAACACUUGGUGGUGUAGAUAGGGCUAUGUUGAAAAAAUCAAUCGAAGAUAAGCACCAGGCAACAGCAUCUGCAAUGGUUCGAACAAUAUCUGGCAUUUCAAGUAGUAUAAUUCUCUUCCAGGUUUGUGCGUAUUUGACCGAGAAGGUUUUUGGCUACGUCCCCUCUAGAGAGUCCUUUGAAACAAUGGCAACGGAGAUUAAAGAGAAGAAUGCCGAAGCGUUGAGGAAGUCAAUGAUGUAUAUUAUAUUGGCAGGCACAUUACUCAACGUUCUUUGCUAUGCUGCAUUGUUUGCUACAUACCCGAAAACUAGGCAGGAGGUUGAAAAGAAAAACAAAACAUCGUCAACAUUAGAGCAAAAAUCACGAUGA